AUGUUUUCCCGCUUUUUUGACGACGAUUUCGACGACUUUUUCUUUAGACCAAGAAGAUACACUACUCAAAAGCCAGCUGAUUACAACCCAAGACAAAUCACUCAAGGUGAUGAUAUUAGUUUAACUCCUUGGGGAGGCCAAUCUACUUUACUGCGUGACUUCAAUGAUUCCUUCUGGAGAAACUUCAAUGCUGGUAAGUACUUUGUUGGAUUUGAUGAAGAUUUGAAAACAACCGAAGAAAAAGACAAGUACUUGGUCACGUUCACUCAACCAGAAGGUAAAUUAAACCCAGAAGAUGUCAAGAUUGAUUUCCACAAGAAACAAAAUGAAUUGGUUAUUUCAAUUUCCCAUGAAGAAAAAGAUGAAAACAGAUCAACUUCAAGAUCUUUUGUCAGUAGCAGAAUCUUUGCUAAGCCAAUCAAUCCUGAUGAUAUCAAGGCUGAUAUUACUGGUGGUUCAAUUAAACUUGUUUUGCCAAAGGUUGAACCUGACAAGGAAGAAAAGCCAAAUGUUGUUAGUGUCAAGGUGAACAAAUUAUAA